UGUUCGGCUGGGAUUGGACGGCUCCUCCGCUGCCGGAGCCCGCCUGAACACAGAGCUCCGUUCACCAUUGGUUUGACAAGUGUCUGGGGACGAUUACUGGGACUGCCCGGUUGUGUCCGGGUAAGAUGGCGUUGGAAGAGCAGUGCUCGGCACCACCUCAAUGGCGGUCCAUAUCUUUGACACACGUAGAGUUCCCGGAGGGUGAUCUGACGGGACAAGCGUUGGCCUACAUCAGUCUCCUACCCAUAGCAAUCCUUGUGGGUUUUGUUACUCUCAUAGUGUUUAAACGAGAGUUGCACACGAUUUCCUUCUUUGGUGGGCUCAUCCUGAAUGAAGGGGUGAACUGGGUGCUGAAGCAUAUUAUCAGAGAACCGCGCCCAUGUGCAGGAGCUCACUCAACGCUGCACACAGAGUAUGGGAUGCCGUCCAGUCAUUCCCAGCUUAUGUGGUUCUUUGUUGUUUACUUCUUUCUGUUCCUUUAUUUAAGAAUGCAUCAAACGAACAAUGCUCGAUGUGUGGACCUGCUGUGGAGACACAUACUGUCCAUCAUCCUGUUGGGCAUGGCCUUAUCGGUCUCAUACAGCAGGGUCUACCUGUUGUAUCACACCUGGAGUCAGGUUUUCUAUGGCGGUGUGGCCGGUAGUACCAUCGGCAUAAUGUGGUUCUUUUUCACACAAGAGGUGCUGACACCAUUAUUCCCCAAAAUAGCAGCGUGGCCAAUAUCAGAGUACUUCCUGGUGCGAGACACAAGCCUGAUCCCCAACAUCUUAUGGUUUGAGUACACAGUGACCAGAUCAGAGGCAAGGAACAGACAACGAAAACUUGGAACAAAACUUCAGUGAUUUACAGUUCUUCUGUGAAACUGGGUUCAGGACGACACACACACACACACACACACACACACACACACACACACACACACACACACACACACACACGCGCGCUCGACAAAACACACUGGAGAACCAUAUUUUGGACUGACGUGGUUGCUAGGAGUAAAGGGCAAAAAAAAAAACGUUUACGGUGGUGAAAGAGUGCCUGGACCUGUCCCGGAGCCUACAGCCUGAGCAAGUCCGUCCACACGCCUCUUCUUGUACAGCUUGCCCAAAAUGCUCUUCAAUGCAUGCAAGACUGUGCAAGAGGCAUACUAUUUAAUGAUAGAUUAAUAUAUAUUUUAACUAUAAGCCACGCUGCCAGUAACAUGUGACUGUAAGAGAUUCAAGGAGCCUAAAAAGGAGGCUUUGGUCAAGUUUCAAACAAAUGGUUGACGUCAUUGCAGCAUGUAUUUGUGAUUAGCUUUUUUUUUUUUUUUUUUUAUAUUCUGCUGAAUAGCUGGUGGGGAGGGGGGUUGGUUAUUGCUAGGUUUGGGGUAUUUGGAAUUAAUCAUUUUUCAUUGUUAUAUAAUAGAAAAAGAACAAUUUCUAAAAUUGGUUAUGAUGUAAUAUAAAUGAAAAUUUGCACUUUGUGAAAUUUACAAGUUAAAAAAAAAUAUGACUAACACUAGUUAAAUGUUAAGACCGUCCCCCUCUUUUCCCUCAUCAGUCUUUGCUUUGUGUCUAUGACUGUCAGUCCUAAUAUAUGAUUCCAAAGCUGAUCUGCAAGCAGUGUAAUUUUAAUCUGUACUAUUAAGCAUUAAGGUUGUGCUUUCUGUUUAUAUCCACGUUUGAGGAUUAUGAGACUGUAUCGGAACAUCAGGUUUCAGUUAUUUUCAUUGUUGAACACACUUUGGACCGAGGUUGUGUUUUCUUAAUGCUUCACACACAGUAGCAGCCUGGGAAUAGGAUUCUGGGAAUCCCUUUUCUUUUAUUCAUUCAGUUUCUUCUUUUCUGCUGUUGCAGAGAACUGUUUUUUGUUUAACCUGCAUUUCCAAGAUAACAUUCCAUAUCAUUAAGUUAGAAUACAAAACUGCUGAGAGGAUAUGUUUUCUUUUUGUAUUUUUUUUUUAUUUUUUUUUUUUGAAGAAAGGAGAAGAAAAAAAAGCCUCAGGUCAGUCGUAGCAUGUGAUUAUGCUUAAUGCCUCACAGCCCACGGCAGCUAAUGGUGGCAGCUGUCAUGUGAGGAUCUGAAGCUGAUUUAAAACUGUCAUAUCAUUAGCUCCACAAAGGGAAGUAGUUCUCUUAGGAUUUUUUCCACGUGUAACCUAUAUCAGGCUGAAUAAAAAUGUGUUUAUGUACAA